AUGGAAGACUAUAAAUAUUUAUUUAAAGUAGUACUUGUUGGCAAUGCUGGCGUUGGUAAAACAUGCCUUGUACGUAAAUUCACGCAGGGAAUUUUCCCACCUGGGCAAAGCGCUACAAUCGGUGUUGAUUUUAUGAUUAAGACUGUUAAAGUUAAUGAGGACAAAAUAAAGCUUCAAAUUUGGGAUACAGCUGGACAAGAACGUUUCCGAUCAAUUACGCAGAGUUAUUAUCGGUCUGCACAUGCCAUAGUGUUAGUUUAUGAUGUUGCAUGCCAACCAAGUUUCGACUGCCUACCGGAAUGGCUUGGCGAAAUCGAACAGUAUGCUAAUCGACGGGUGCUAAAAAUUCUAGUAGGAAACAAAAUAGACAAGGAAGAUGAACGUGAAGUACCGGAACGGAUUGGGAAGAAUUUUGCGGAUGCUAAUGCUUUUGAUUAUUUCCUCGAGACUUCAGCACUUGAUGCAACCAACGUUGACACAUUAUUUCAUGAAGUAGCCACUCGAUUAACGAAUGAUAUGAAAAAGAAUGACGGCAGGCAUUUGGGUUUGAAAAAUGGCAAAGAUCCCGGAUCAAUAAGUUUGCUGAGUCGAGUUACCAUGCAAGCGAACUCUUGUUGUUCAAGAAAUUGA